UCGGGCGGGUUCAGUGGCAGUGUCACGCUCAGACGGCCAAGAUGGCGGCUGGCCGAGGACGACGCUCGGCGUGACUGGCUGAUGGACAGCCAUGUUCGUUCCAUUGGUCGCCGACGGGAUGCGCCGCCGCCCCGACGGGGCGCCUUUCUCUCGCCCCGCUCUUAGUCGGUUCCCCCGCCCGCCCCAUCACCGAGGCGCCGCGGGCCGCCUUGCCGCUCGCGUCGAGUCGCCGCCGGACACCGCGCUGACGUCGCGGCGCUCGUAGCCGCUAGCCGAGCCUUCGCUCGACCGGACGGCGGCACCAGGUGAGCCAGGCCAGCAAACGUUUGCCCCUCACCUUAGCGCCGACGACGGUCUUAAUGUCGCUCAUAAAGCCUCGCGCUCUUCGCUUUCGCCGUCGCGAGCGGCGGAGGAAUUCGGUCGUUGGUCCAGAAUUGAGUGUUCGUCGAUGCUAGCUGACGCCGGAGAGUCCGAGCGCCUUUCCGAAGAGGACAGACGAGCAGCUAGCGAUGCCUCCGCUCCAGCGCGGGCGGCGGCGAUGGCCGGACCAAACCCGCAACCCGUGAAAUCCGCAAAUGACGGAGCCGAUGCUCAAAGAAAGAAAUCAAAACUCUGCACGCAACCCCGGACGAUAUGGACUGAAAAGUCAAUCGCUACGCAAGUCCUAUCAGUCGAUAAUCGGUACUGAUUGUCUUUUUAAUUGUCCAAAAUUAGGGCCGGAGUAAAAAGGCCGAGUUUAGGUAAUCCAAUCUGAAAAUGGAGUGUAUCAGAGUUACCCUCUAAUAAGUGCUGAACGUCAUUAUUGAGUGAAAUCCUAUUUGUGUCAUCUUCGCCAGCUGACAGUUGAAUUUGACACCUGUGUUUUAGGAGAUUGGCAUCUUAGAAAGAGAUUUUGCGGAGAAUGAAGUCCUAGCCUUGGCUCACAUAUUUAAAUGUUUCUACAAGUUUUUUUUUUCUUCAAGAAAAUGAAUUGUAAUUGUACAAAAAAGUUUUUUCCCUCUCAGAACUUUCAGGAAAAUAAAGACGGACUCCUCUGAACCCCCGUCCUAAAAAAUCUGAAGAUAGUUAUUUUAUUGGUCUAUUUAUUUUUCUUCAAGAAAGAAGUCCGUCUUACAAUUCGAUAUUUGUAGUAUUAUGUCUGGCUGAAAAGCAAAUGGUCUCGUCCGGGAGAAAAAAGUAGCAAUGGCAUGAAAGGCGAUUGAUGUUUUGUUCCUGGUGUCGGUGUCGGCAGCGGCUGGGCCCCACCCUGGGGUGCAAAGGUCGUCGGUCGGCUCGGCGCUCGCCUCCCCGCGUGCACGCCUGCGCUCCGGCUUGAAGGAGGUUGCGUCUUGGAAGUGGCCCGUCCGUCUCGGGAAGCUGGUCCAACUUGGCCGUCAAAGUUUGCCUUCGUCCUGCUUCGGUUGCCGGACGCGUUUGCAGUCAGUAACAAGCAUGGAGUGGUCGUGGCCGCAGACCGGAUGACGGGUUGCGACCGGACAAGGGCGUCGCAGCACUUCCUGCUUUUCAACCCUGAGCGAGAGUGACGACGGCCGACCAACCCCACGACCGCCCACCGCCCCCGGCCCGUCCCAGCCCCGCGCCUCGCCUUUAAAUAGCGCAGCCUUCGGCUUCUGGGUCAUCGUCGCCCGAAGAUGAGCUGGCUCAGCAGGUUGACGCCACGCACCCCCGCUGCUCGUCCGGGACGGGGCGCCGCCCCCCAGGAGGCGCCUUCGUGCACCGCCGACCCGGAGACCUGCUUCAUGGUCUUUGAGAACCACUGGAGACAAGUGUCACGCGUGCUGGACCACAGCGAGUUGUCGCGCUCCACCGACGACCUGAUCGCCGUGAGGAACCACACAGACCAGAUGUUCUGCCUCCUGGCCGAGGAGCGGCCCCCACAAGGCGGCGGCGGUGGCGGCGACGACGACGACGACGGCGGCGAAGGCGGCGAAGGCGCGGGGCCCAUACUGCAGCUGGUGGUCCGCGAGCGGGUCCUGGAAAGCCUCCUGCGGUGGCACCUGCGCGGCGAUCCCGACACGGACAGCCUGGGGGCGCUGCUCAAGCUCUUUGAGAUGCUGAUCGGCCAGUCGCAGCAGGCCUUGCUGCGCCGGCCGGCCGUCCUGCACCCGCUGCUCAGGGUGGUGGCGGCCUGCGCCCACUCGGAGCGCGGGUGCCCCCCCGCGCUGGAGAACAGCCUGGUGCUGCUGCUCAAUCAGGUGUGCGUGCGGGUGGCGCGCGAGCCGGCGCUGCUGGAGACCUUGUUGCGGGCGGCUCCGGCGCGGCGGGGCUCCUCCGCCCCGCCGCUCUUCUCCCUGCUGGUGCCCUUCAUCCACCGCGAGGGCGCCGUCGGACAGCAGGCGCGGGACGCCCUGCUGCUGGUCAUGGCCACCUCGGCCGCCGACCGCGCCGUGGCGCGCUACAUCGCGCACAACUCCUACUUUUGCCCCGUGCUUGCGACGGGCCUGAGCGCGCUCUACUCCUCGCUGCCCCGCAAGAUGGAGGUGCACGGGGACGACUGGCACGCUUUGCGGCGCGAGGACUGGAUGGGGGUGUCGUCGCUGGCGGUGUUCAUGAACUCGCUGGAGUUCUGCAACGCGGUGGUGCAGGUGGCCCACCCCAUGGUGCGCUCGCAGCUCCUGGACUAUCUGCACAACGGCUUCCUGGUCUCCGUGGUGGCGCCCGCCCUCUACAAGUCGUCGGUGGAUGAGAUGAUUGCCAGCACGGCCUACCUGGACCUGUUCCUGCGCAGCGUGAGCGAGACAUCCCUGCUCAAGACCUUCCUGCGCUUCAUCCUGCUGCAUCGCCUCGAUGACGACUCCAUUCUGGACACGCUGCUCACGCGCAUCGGCGGCAACUCCAGGCUCUGCAUGGUCUCCCUGAGCCUGUUCCGGACUCUUCUGUCGUUCAACUGCGAGGACAUCAUGCUGCAGCUGGUCCUCAGGUACCUGCUCCCGUGCGACCACGUCAUGCUGAGCCAGCGCCGCGCCAUCCGGGAAGCCGACAUGUACGGCAAGUGCGCCGACAAGUUCCUGUCGCUCAUCCCCGAGUGCUGCCGCGCUGUGGCCGCGCCCCCGGCCGUGCGGGAGGAGGACCCCUCUUUCAGGGGCAAAGCGGCGGCCUACAGUGCGGACGGGGAGACCCCGGCGCCGCCCAGACCCAGCACGCCGUCCCGUUUGGCGUUUUUCAUCCGCCAGCAGAGCGGCGGGACCCCGACGGGGACCCCCCCCGGCCCCGGCGGCUCGGAAUCUCCGCGGUCAGCCGCCCCCGACAGCCCCGCGUACCGGCCGCGGCCUGAAAUGGCGGCCUGGGAUUCGGGCUACCUGGAUUACCUGAAGGAUGCCCGGCGAAGCAUUGAGCUUUGCUCCUGGGCGUGUCGGGACUGGUCGGCGCCCUACGACGGCGAGAAGCCCUCCCCGAGCGCCGCGCCGCUGCCCCCGGGCCCUCCGGCGUACGCUCCCUCUACGGCCGUGUACCCCGAGCACUCGUGCCUCCAGCCGGGGGGCGGCGGGCAGCGGCGAGCCGACGCGGUAGAGGCGCGCCGCGAGCGGAGCGGCUCGGAGCGCGACGGCGGCGAGUGGGCAGUCGCCAUCGGCCAAAGCAACUGCCCCCCCCUUACGCCGCGCUCCAAGAAGCGCGGCUUGCAGCAGUGCGACCGACUCCUCAUAAAAUCCGCUUCCCCGCCGGCGCCGGACAACCCCACCGCCGCCUCCUGCGCGCCUUUGUUCAACGGAGCAGCGGGGCCCGGGAGAGAGCUGGAGGCCAAGAAGGCGAAGCGACACUCGGGCCACGAGGAGUUUUUGGACGAGAACGCCAAUCGAAACGGAUGCCCGAGCGCCGAUCCUGCCGAUGCCGCCGACGCCUCUGGCCGGCUGCGAGGACCGACGGUGGAGAGCUUCAUCCGGGAGCUUCUGGAGCAAUCUCCCGGCGAGGCGCGGCCCCCCGACCACGCCGACGUUGAGGCUAUCGGCAUGGAGGCCUUCACCGGGGAGCUGAAGGAGUUGGAGGCCCGGGCGACGCCGCCGCCGUCGCCGCCUCCUCCUUGCGCCCUGGAGAUGUCCCCGUGCGACCGGCGCCGGCAGGAUAAGGACCCCCAGGAGAAAACGUCCGCCGGCGCCGACGUCAAGGGGGAAAGUUCCGAAAGGGGCGUCUGCAGUCCCGCCAGACCUCUCGCGCCGGUUCAGGGCUCGUGUCAGCCGUACACGGGUCCGCUGAUGGCGGUGCUGCUGGCCAAGCUGGAGAACAUGCUGCACAACUCGCUAUACGUCAACAUCCUGCUGACGGGCAUGCUGGGGCGGCUGGCGUGCUACCCGCAGCCGCUACUGCGCUCCUUCCUGCUCAACACCAAUAUGGUCUUCCAGCCCAGCGUCAAGUCCCUCGUCCAGGUGCUGGGCUCGGUGAAGAACCGCAUUGAAGCCUUCGCCGCCUCCCGUGAGGACUUCCCCGCCAUGCUGAGGAAAGCCCAGCAGUACCUGGCGGCGCGCGCCAAGGUGGACUGCGGCGAGCCGCCCGGCGCCGUCCCACCCCUCCGGCGCUCGGAUUCGCUAGUCAAGAGCCGCAAGUCGUCCCUCAGCGAGCUGAUCCUCCGCCACGCCGGCAGCCCCACUCGGACCCGCAACGCCGCCCAGAUGGCUCUGGCCCACGUGCGGGUGGGCGGCCAGACGCUGCACAGCGCGCUGUUCCGCGGCGGCGCCGGAGCGUCCAAUCUGGAGAAGCAGGCGGAGGCGCUGCGCGUGAAGAACGCCGUCUACUGCGCCGUCAUCUUUUGCGAGUUCCUCAAGGAGCUCGCCGCCCUCGCCCAGGAGCACGCCGUCGCCUUGCCCUUCGCUCGCUCUGACGCCGAGGAGUAGUAGAUGCCCGAAGGUCGCGCGCCGAGGGCUCCGCUCCAUCAAGUGGGCCUCAACUGGGCCCGCCCGCAGGUAGACACUUAAGACCGGCUUCCGAGGAGGGCCGGACGUGGAGGAGUGGAGGACUAGACGUUGAUGCCUUGGAAUACAUGCGGAAAGGGAGGGACUGCGAGCAACGGGCGUGGAGGUCUAGCGGACCUCCGCAUUGAGGGCUCAAGAGGAGAAGACGCUCUUCGAGGGGCAGACAUGGAGACCGGUUGCACUCUGUCGAGGGGUGUCAGAGUAGAUGUCUAGUAAUGGAUGGCCUAAAGACAAAGGGGCUCGACUCUGUCGACCCGCAGAGUCUUGAAGGCGUUGAGGAGGACGUUCUGCGGGAGUACGCGCCCAAGAGCUCAGGAGGCUGAGGGCAGGGCCAGACACCAGGGAAGAGACGUCGAUUGCUCGAUGGCGACCAAGAGAGCGCGAGGAUGCUCCAGUGGCGGCCAAUCAGCCAAGAGUUUUGGACAGAAAACCUCUGCAGCGUCUUUUGACUCCAUCCUGCAAGCAUUUGGUGCUAACUGCCAACAAGGCACUCGCAAACACCCACUUUUGGUCUUUUGUGUCACGCGUCGACAAGUUUUGCCACCGAGCACUUGGCCGUGAACAAAGAAAAAGGGGAGGGAGGAGAGCUUUUAGGACUUCCUCUCGUAAGGAUGUUUGCCGACGAGACUUUUGUCUUCCUCCAUUGAUGUUCCGGAGGCCGUUUGUCCCUCCUCCCAUCGUCGUGACAUCAUCACUUUUAAUGUUCAACCAUCAAGUGAAAAGCAAAUGUUAAGUGGAGGUUGGAUCUUACUCUCAAAACAAACAAAAACAAAGUGUGCGUGCAAGGCGGAGGCACUCGUCUCCUCGCCAAGUGUGCUUGGUGUUGAUUUUUCUUCUUGUUCCCGUGCCAUGUUUGACUCCUCACCCGAUCAAAUGUUUCAUCCAGUUUGCAACUAUGCAAAAACCUGGCGGCAGUCGGCACCCGAAAACUGCGCGUGUAAAUUUUGUAAGGCAAAUAACAAAGCAAAUUAUUCUGUUCGGAGGAGAAACGCAGAAGGCGUAAAAAAAAAGGAAUAUUUUUGUACAUGAUUGCCAUUGCAUGUGUGUGUGUGUGUGUGAUGGGUGGAGAACAAUCUGUCACGAAAAACAAAACACUAAAGGGAAUGUUUUUAUUAAUUUAUAAAGUCUUUGUUAGCAACGA